UUUGUUUCCGUCGGUACAGCUGUGCUGAGUACCGUUCAUCACCCCAGCCAUUGCUAUUUAUCAGUUCCAUAAUCUCUAAUUUAUCCUUCCACCUCAAUACAAACGAGUUCAAAAUGAGAUCUUUUUCGUUCAUGAUUUUGCUAGGAGCUGCCCUGGCCGUUCCAAUGACACAGAAAGACUAUACUUCAGGAGAGACAGCCAUGCCAAACGGACCGACAGGGACACUCAGCGAACAACAGAAUAGUGGAAGAAACAGCAGCAGUCAACAGGGAGGUAGUCAACAAGCUGGAAGCCAAGAAGGAAGUGGCCAACAGAGUGGCGCGAGUAACGCCACAUGUAACGCGGCUACCGCAGAGAAGGUUGGACAACUAUCAGGGGGAAUUCGCACAAACGUUGCUAUUCAAGACCAAGAGCUCAAGAGUAUCGCCGCUCUACAAACACUUCUGCUGUCCAAUGGAACCAAUACUGCUGUUCCAGGUGCGUCUCAAUACGAAGCUGAGCGUCAAGCACUGUUGGUUAUCCAACAGAUGGGCGUUGAAAUACGGACUCAGAACCAGAAGAUAGCUGCCGAAGUGGGAAGUGGAGCUUCUAAUGGGCUCAAAACCGUGGAAUUUGCGCAGCAGUCCGAGAUCAGCCAAGUCAAGUCGCUACAGGGUACUCAACAGGCGGAUUCAAAGACUCUUGCGCUACUAGUCAAGGAGGUUGUUGACGGUACAAAUCAAAACUGGGUCAAUCUUUUGGUCGCAGAGCAGCAAUGCAAACAAGUACAGGUUUGA